GCACCACCGGUCAUCGUCACUUCUCGCGAGAAGACGACCUGCUUGUUUGCUAAUGCUACAAAGUUAGCCGCCGGCUAGCGAGCGAAAGGUGAGCACGUCCGGUCUUUGGCUCUUUCGGGACUGCGAUGGAGGCCCCCGCAGUCGCAGCAGAGGAGGCCGGAGAGAGGCCGCAUCACCGACCGUUCCUCAUCGGCGUCAGCGGGGGAACCGCCAGCGGCAAGUCGACGGUGUGCGCCAAGAUCAUGGAGCUUCUGGGCCAGAACAAGGUGGACCACCACCAGAGGAAAGUGGCCAUCAUCAGCCAGGACUGCUUCUACCGCGUGCUGACCGCCGAGCAGAAGGCCAAAGCCCUCAAGGGCCAGUACAACUUCGAUCACCCGGAAGCCUUCGACAACGAAUUGAUGUACAAGACGCUGAAGGACAUCGUGGAGGGCAGAGCGGUCCAAGUCCCCACCUACGACUUUGUCACCCACUCCAGGUUGGCGGAGCGGAUGACGGUAUACCCGGCUGACGUGGUCCUCCUGGAGGGCAUCCUGGUUUUCUACCUGCAGAAAGUGCGAGACAUGUUCCACAUGAAGCUCUUCGUGGACACCGACUCGGACGUGCGGCUGUCUCGCAGAGUGCUCCGGGACAUGAGCCGAGGCCGGGACCUGGAGCAGAUCCUGUCGCAGUACACCACCUUCGUCAAGCCCGCCUUUGAGGAGUUCUGCUUGCCCACCAAGAAGUACGUGGACGUCAUCAUUCCCCGGGGGGUCGACAACAUGGUGGCCAUCAACCUGAUCGUGCAGCACAUCCAGGACAUCCUCAACGGCGACCUGUGCAAGUGGCAGAGGGGCUCGCUCAACGGCCAGGGCCGAGGCGCCAAGCGGGCGACGGCGGGCGAGCGCGACCCGCAGUGCGCCGCCCCGCCGCCGCCCAAGCGAGUCCUGCUGGAGCCCAGCACUCGACCACACUAAAAACAAAAAAAAAACAAAACUCUUUACCGCUGGCCAAAUGGGCUGUGACGUACCUUCGCGGACUUCCCGUAAACCGGGACGAUCGUACCACCGCCACUUUAUUGGACUCUCGCUGUCAAGUUUGUUUUAUCCUAUGUCAUGUUAAAUUAACCAAUGAUAAAAUGCCAUUUCUGGAAAGUGUUAUGUCUUUUGCUCUGUCCUUCCUUGCUGCUCAUUUGCAGGUCACUUUCUGUUGAUUUUGGGAUAUUCAGGGAUCACAUGCUGUUCGUUUGGGGCGUUUAUGCCUCAAUUCAUUGUGCCACUUCCUGUUUAUUUUAGGGCAAUCCCAGUCACUUCCUAUUGGUCUUGGGUCACUUCCUGUCAAAACCUUGGGGGUGUAAAAAAUUUGCAAAAGUGGGGGGGGGGGGAGUAACAUAGUCUUUGUUUAUGGCAAGUCAGUGAAACGUAUCAUAUCAUUGGCUGGACACCCAUCACUCACUGAGUUACAUUGCAAAUUAUUGGUCUAAUUCAGUGCUUCUCAAUUAUUUUCUGCGACGCCCCCCCAAGCAAGACGUAAAUGUUUCGCGCCCCCCCCAACUCUCUGCCGCCACUGUAAAUAGUAUUAUUUGUCUAUAAAAUUACUAUCAUAAAUACGCAUCUGCCUAAUAUUGUGUCCCUUUUUUCUAAUAAAGAAAAAAGGUAACAUAGAUCAACUUAUAAUAAAGUAUAACUUUAUUAACAUUGUUUUGUUUGUAACAGAAGACUUGACGUGCAUCAAUUUGCCCGAAUUAAAAAAAAGUCACAUUCAAACUGUAAAAAUACACUCAAGGUACAUUUUUGACCAUUUGGUACUGAAAAAUAAAAUGUAAUAAAAUCAGUAAAUAAUAACAAAUUCAAAUUGAUUAGAAACAUUCACUCAUGAGGACAAUAUGCCAAAAAAUUUGACCGAAAAAAACCAAAAAUGAAUAAAGGAAAAAAAGUGUACUUGAACAGAAGGACAGUUUUUAUUUUUGCUGCUCACACUCAGUAUUACCUCCUUUGCAAUGGUGUGGAGUCAUUUUGCAAUGAGCAUGCUAACAAUGCUCACUGGUUUACUGAUAUAACUGACAAAGCAGGACGAUUGUUGGCAAUAUUUGGCACGUUUUCGCUGAAAAACAAUCAAGCGGCUUAUCAAUGAGAUUGGGGUCGAAUGUCUUUAAGUGGCGUUUUAAUUGAUUUGGCUUCUGUCGGUCCGCUAUAAUUAUUUUUAGACACAGUAAACAGUCUUUCCUCAUCACCCACAGUAUUAAAAGUCAAAGCUAAAAGGCAAACGGCACGAACAAAGCGCAUUCUCGGCGGCCGAGGUAGAACCGUAGGUGAGGGCGUUCGUCGUGACGAUCCCAAGCCGAAAAUGGCACUUAUCGGGCGGCGGCGUGAGAACCGGACAAGACAGUGGGUCGCUGCGUGAGUGAGUCCGGUCGGAAAACGGCGGCGGCGCACUGCUCUUCAUAUUUGUUUUCUGUGUGAUGAGUGCUCUUCCUUAGUUCAAAAAUACUGCACGCACUCUGAAAAUGAGAGCACCACUGCCACCCACUGAGUGGAUGCGCAAGUACACUUUAUUCCAGUACGGCAGAAAAAAAAAAAAAAAAAAAAAGGUCACAUGCGCCCCCCCUGGCAUCGCUCUGCGCCGGGGCGCGCCCCACUAUUUGAGAAGUACUGGUCUAAUUCAUUAGAUUGUCUAAUAUUCAAUGAAUAUGUUUCUUUUCGAUUUUUUUUUUAAUGCCAUGCAUAGAUUUUCACAAGCAGUGUGCAUGCACGCAACUUCAUCAUCAUCAUUCCUGCAGAUGCCCAUUUUUCCGUGGCACUGGCAACAAACGCUCAAAAGUGCAGACAGAGCAAAGAACAUACAAAAUUGAAAAUAUGAAAGCCUUAAGUGCAGCUUUCUUUUAAAAAUACAUCACUGGAAGGAUCAUUCAUCUCACCACAACUGGAUUCUGCCAUUGUGGUGGUUUGUAUUUACAAAAUCUACCAUGUCCAAGGACUUUGCUCACACUCAAAACACCCAGAUUCCUCAGUCUAUCAUCAUGGAUGGUGGAACCCACACUGACUAUGUUUGGGAGGCCAAAAUGCCUGCAUGCAAAGCAGUCUUGGCUCUGCGAGCAUUGAGUGUUUAUGGUACCACGCGGUCCUGUCACCCUGGAGCGGUCUGGGAUAGCUUCAGAUGUGGCUGCACCGGUCUCAUGAUUUGGAUAUGUCUAUUUAAAAAAAAAAAGGGAACUUCAAUGAUUUAAUUUCAGACUAGAUUAAUAAUCAAGAUCACAAAAUUAGUGUACUACUGUCCCAUUCUACAUAUAAUGAUCAUCUAUAGAUGAUCUAGGCUGGGAGUCAGCAACCCGUGUUUUGAGAACCGCGUGUGGCUCUUUAGCGCCGCCCUAGUGGCUCCCUGGAGCGUUUCAAAAAUGUUUAAAAAUGGAAAUAGAUGAGGGAGGGAAAUAUAUUUUUUUGUUUGAACAUGGUUUCUGUAGGAGGACAAACAUGACACAAAUAAUCGUAACGUUUUCCAAUGCUGUAAAAAUUUGUACAAUAAUUAUUCAAUUUUAACAUUUCUGUCAACGAAGAUUUGCGUCAUAGCCUGCGACGCGGGUUUCUAUCAGCAGGGCGGCUGUUGUAAUCAAAUCGGCGGCUAUAUGAUGGGACAUGGAUUCCAAAGAGGAAAAGAGAAAAAAAACUGAGGACAACAGAGGAUUCAACGUUUCUUGGGCCGAAUCAAUUGCAUUCUUGCCAAUGCGGAAGGAUUCUCUGAAUGUUUGCUCUGUAGCGAGAAGUUGUCAAACCACAAAAAGGAGUCAUGUGGAAAGACAUUUGCAGGGAAGGCAUACUGGUUUUACAGCCGAGUAGCCAGCAAGUGCGGUUGGACUACUUUGGACAAAAUAAGAGGAGUGCAAAAAGAGAUUUCAAAAAUGGAUUGCAUCUCCAAACUCCACUACUGCUGCGAGUUUUGUUGCAACAUGGGCUAAAUAAAGCGUGGAAACCCGUUCA